UCGAUGUUUCGAUAGAAAUUAGUCUCUGCUACAUCCCAACUCUAAGAAGAUCGCGAAUCCAUCCGAAAAAAAGAUCGUCUACAAAAGAAUUAAACGACUCGGCCGCUGCCAGAAAUAUUAAAAUAAAAUUAGCGGUGCAUUUCCAGACGCCGCGAACUAUUUUUAUAGGCCGAAAUUUAGCGUCUGCUUACCCUGCGCGUGUGCGCCUGUGUGCGGUGGUGGUGUGUGCGUGUGAAAGGAGGAGAGGUGGAGACACCAGAAACCGAAAAGUGUACAGCCGACGCGCAGACGCAUCUCGAAAUAUCCGAACGGAAAAGUGCGCAAAUCGCCGGGAAAGUGCCAAUCUUCCCGGUUUAAGACCCUUAGCUUAGCAACGCGAUAAAGAAAAGCGAAAAAAAUGGGUUGUGCCGUGAGUACAGCACGCGAUAAAGAGGCCAUCGAACGCUCCAAGAACAUCGAUCGGGCGCUGAGGGCGGAGGGCGAGAGGGCCGCCUCGGAGGUGAAACUGCUGCUGUUGGGUGCCGGCGAGUCGGGCAAGUCGACAAUCGUUAAACAAAUGAAGAUCAUCCACGAUGCGGGCUACUCGCAGGAGGAGUGCGAGGAGUACCGCCGCGUCGUCUACAGCAACACAGUGCAGAGCUUGAUGGUGAUCAUUCGGGCCAUGGGCCGCCUCAAAAUUGAGUUCGCCGAUCCCGGCAAGACCGACAUCGCCCGCCAGUUCUUCACACACGCCUCCGCCGCCGACGAGGGCAUCCUGCUGCCGGAGAUCGUCCUGCUGAUGAAGAAGCUCUGGGCGGACGGUGGCGUACAGCAGUCCUUUGCCCGCUCCCGCGAAUAUCAGCUGAACGACUCGGCCGGCUACUACCUCAACUCGCUGGACCGCAUCGCGCAGCCCAACUACAUACCCACCCAGCAGGAUGUGCUACGCACUCGAGUGAAGACCACCGGCAUCAUCGAAACACACUUCUCCUGCAAGCAGUUGCACUUUAAGCUGUUUGACGUUGGUGGCCAGAGAUCGGAGCGCAAGAAGUGGAUCCAUUGCUUCGAAGGUGUCACUGCCAUUAUCUUCUGCGUGGCGCUAUCAGGCUACGACUUGGUCUUGGCUGAGGAUGAGGAAAUGAAUCGAAUGAUCGAGUCUCUGAAGCUCUUCGACUCCAUCUGCAACUCCAAGUGGUUCGUGGAGACCUCCAUCAUACUCUUCCUCAACAAGAAGGAUCUGUUCGAGGAGAAAAUCAAGCGAUCUCCUCUGACGAUAUGCUUCCCAGAGUACACAGGUACCAACACCUUCGAGGAGGCGGCCAGCUACAUUCGCAUGAAGUUCGAAAACCUGAACAAGCGAAAAGACCAAAAGGAGAUCUACACGCAUCUCACCUGUGCCACGGACACGAACAACGUCAAGUUCGUCUUCGAUGCCGUCACCGAUGUGAUCAUCAAAAACAACCUGAAACAGAUCGGCUUAUUCUAGAGGGGCGUCGGUUAAGGGAUCAUCUUCAUUUAUCUCGCGUCGUAGUAUUAAAGGAAAACGCGCAGAAACAUUUCCAUUAAACACUAAGAAUUCCACACGAUGUACGAUCUAUAUCACAUACGGAAGGAACUGUAUGCUCAUAUUCAUAUGUUUGAAAUGCUUUACAUGCCUAACACACGUAAUUUUAAUAACCGGAUUUUUGCCAGUAGUCGCGGAACAAACAAUCUGCAAUUUAGUCCCUUAAAUUGCAUUAUUAAGUUAACUAAUUUAAAAAGUAGCCUAAAAGUGUAAAGACAGCAAAGCACAGCCAUGGGUGUACAUCCUAACCUCCAUUUCCAUUGGCUACGUAUUGCGGUUUAUUUAAGUGUUUUGCCGUUAUCAGCGAGCUAAUGGCGCUACCGAAAAAGGGCACUUUCGUGUGCGUGUCGCAUCGUGUAGAGAUGCCCUUUUGGGCACCGCCAUUGGCCAGCGCCAGCAGCUUUUAAUUUUUUGCCAAGAGCUUGACAGCCUGAGAUCCUAGGCCUGGAAUUAUAUGCGAUCGCUUGUAAGCCCUUAUGUGUAACUAGUAAACUUACUAAUAUGUUUAGUAAUAGACUAAAUAAAGACAAAUUAUAAAUAA